GAUAUCUUCAUUAUAUAUUGAUCUCAAUAAUUUUUUUUGGAAUGCAAAUUCCAUUAUCUCUACUACCAAAUAGCACUUUUUUUUAUAAUAUGAUAUGAUCCUAAUUGGACAACUCUACACGUUUUUAUUACUUGACAAAGAAGCUAUCGAAGUUGGGAAGAAGAAAGGCAGAAUUUGGCUAAGUCAAAAUCCGUGUUCAGGGUACAUACUUUGGAGGCAUGGUUCUCUCAAUUGGCUUAGUGGAAAUUCAAUGUUAAGAGUUUAUAUUGCAGAUAAAGUUUCCAUCUUUCAAAUGGUAUGCUUUGUGAAUCCAGAUGAUGUCAUUAAGGUUGUUUUCCAAGGCCUCAAAGUUGCUACCUCAAAACUGGAAAACUGCCAGAAUUUGGUUAAGGCAAAAACUGUGUUCAAGAAGCCUACUUUGGAGCUCCAUUCCAGAAGCAUGGAUGAGAUUCGAGUCCAGAGGCUUAUACCACAUGAGAGUAGGUAUGUUCUACUACAAAGACAUGGCAUUGGAUGAUUGGAAGCUUACCUGGAAGGCUUUGAUCGAGAGGCUCAAAGAUGGCAUCAAAGCUGUUUGGUUACUUGGAGCUAAAGGCAGAUUUCUUUUUCUUGUUUAGUUAGGAUUUCACUGUUUUGGUAGGUUUUUUAAUUCCUUUUCGUGUUAGACUGUAAUUAGGAGUUUAUGGGACGUGUGUAACCUAGCUAGGACUAUUUAAGCUUUCUAUUUCGUUGUAAAACUAAGACUUUGAUUAAUCGAAAUUGAGAACCGUUUGGUUUGUGCAAGUUGCGACUUGUUUUGGGUUUGGUGGAUUCCAAACUUGCUGAGCUUGUGUAUCGAUUGAAUAGUCACUUCAAUCGUGGUCGAGCAACUACCCUUUUAUACCAAUCGAGCUAUCCCCAGGUGUGGAUUUGUCCUUUUGGUUCCGUUUUAUCACAAGUUCGUAUUAAGAACGCUUCGUUCUUGAUUCGAGCUCAAUCGAUUCUUCGAUUGAGUCGUUUGCUGCGUUACUUUGAUAACAUACACCCCCCCCCAGGGGCGUAUCAAGUGGUAUCAGAGCCUGGUUCUACACAAGGGCGAGGAAGAAGACGUGUGUUGUUUCGUACGAGUUCCGGACUCGUCGCAAAACAGAGAAGACCAGUUCUGUUUUGUUUUAUUUUUAUUCGUUGGCGUCCAAUUCAAAGAGAAAAUCAUGGGAACUCAACAAAUCAACGAAGAGGAAUUGAAAAAGAUGGUGAUCGAAGCCAUUAAAGCGACUUUCCAGCCUAAAUUUGACAGAAUUCAACGUCGAAUUGAUGAGCUGAAGUUGCGGACAAACAACAUCGUGUCACCGCAACUCUCCGCGGUGCAUAAUCCGAAUUCAGUGAUGAACUGUGAUAAUUGCGUUCCAACGAGAACCAAUAAGGCCCUGGACGUGAAAGAUAGGAGCUUGGAGCUGAUCUGGGUAGCGGAGAGAGGGCAUUCGAGUGGGUCGAAGGUGGAGAAAGAAGCAGGAGCCAGCCGACUCUGUUCUUCUCCGAUAAAACAGAGUGUGUAUUAUGUCGACGGCGUCGUGGCACUUGCAAGAGAUUCGACGCAAGAAAUUACUUCAGAAGUCUACCCAGAGGUGGAAGGAAUGACUAAAAGUCAACAGGAAGUGCCUGAACAGACUGUAGGCGAUCGCAUUCCUCCAUUGACAGGAACUCAGAAGCUCUGCCAGUUUUUGGCUGAACAGAGUUCCGAAAUUGAUGAUAUCGUCGUGCUGUAUGGGGAUGAUUCAAAGCAAGAGGUCUUCAUCAACACAUUCAAUGAAGACCCAGGAAUGUUUAAGGUUGAUAAAAUCCAUCCAGAACGAGCCCGAAUGAAGAAUCACGAGGUUGGUUGUUUGCCUCUGACGGUGCCGCAGUUUGACUCCAAAACUGGGUAUCUCGUCGGAGAGUUGGAGAGAGAUUCGAUCCAAUCCAAUGAUGCGGGGAAGUUCCUAGAUGAUCAUCGAACGCGUACGGAUGCUCAAUUCAUCUCAAAGAUUUCUCAGUUCAGAAUCCCCAAUUUGGAAUCGGAUGAACUGGGUUCGGCACAAUUUGAAAACGCCAACAGUUGGAAAAUUGCAGUAGACGAUUCGUCACUUCCCAGGGGUAUUCGAAGCGCAAAGAUGGAUGGGAAGUUCGAUUCUGUGAUGGAGAAAGCUCCCGCGAGCCGUGAAUUGAGGAAUGGCAGCCUCGAUUGUCCGAAUUCAUAUUCUGGGCAAGGGUCGCUGUUCGCCGCAAAGUUGCGACAUUCUGGGAAAUUGCCAGAUCACUUGGCGGAGCUGGUUCUUGUCAACAAAGGCCAGAUAUUCCUUUCUGAUGACGAGGAGACAGUGUGGGUUGAGGAAAGCGCCAUCGAAUGGGGCAUGAUGUGUAGAGAAGCUGCCAUAGCUAUGCCGAAAAUUGUGUUUGAGCAGCCCACUUUCGAUCAUCAAUUCUGUGAAGCUUUUGACAAAAAGAAUGAUCAAGCUUUGAGGGCAAAGCUUUUUGAAGAGGGGGAGCCCACUUGAUACGCCCCUGGGGGGGGUGUAUGUUAUCAAAGUAACGCAGCAAACGACUCAAUCGAAGAAUCGAUUGAGCUCGAAUCAAGAACGAAGCGUUCUUAAUACGAACUUGGGAUAAAACGGAACCAAAAGGACAAAUCCACACCUGGGGAUAGCUCGAUUGGUAUAAAAGGGUAGUUGCUCGACCACGAUUGAAGUGACUAUUCAAUCGAUACACAAGCUCAGCAAGUUUGGAAUCCACCAAACCCAAAACAAGUCGCAACUUGCACAAACCAAACGGUUCUCAAUUUCGAUUAAUCAAAGUCUUAGUUUUAC